GGAGGCACUUCGAGCCUUGACGAAUAACGGGAGGGAGCGUGGUCAAUGGAAGGCAUCGCCCAAUUAUUGAACAUCCCCACCACACCACAUGCAAUCCUUGCUUACCAGUCCAGUCUCUCCAGUCUUGACAGCUAUAAGCGUUCUUCCCUUCCAACCCCUGAUGACUCUCGAGAUUCACACUCCUCAAUCUGUUCUCUUCUUUCUCAAUAACACUCGACCACCGUUCUACAUCAACUUGUCGCUUCCCGCCUCACCAUGGACCCGGUGUCGAUUAUCGGAAUUGUGGCCGCUGCAUGCCAGUUCGCUGAACUGGCAGCAAAAGGCGCAAUCAAGGGCGCUGGGCUGCUGAAGAGCCUGAAAGACACGCCUGCCAAACUCACGGAACUCCUCGGAAUUGUUCAGACUUCUAGACGAAAUAUGGUACAACUGCGAGAUCACCUAACCCACCCAAUUCUUAUGAGCCUGUCGCCCCAACUUCAGCUGCAAUCCUUUCGGGACGACAUCGAUCAAGCAUACAAAGUAGCCGAAGAAUUGGAACUGCAAAUCGAAGCCCUUGUUGGACCUCCUAGCCAGGAUUUGAGGGGAAUAAAAUGGCUCUGGCGAGACGUCAUCACAGUGAAGAAGGAAGGAGAGUUCAACGACAGAUUCGGAACCAUCCAGCGGUACAAUGAGCAAAUCCACCGCGGACUCUCUGGUGUGCAGCUCGCUCUCUCCACCAGGAAUUUGCGAACCACUGUGGCCAUCGGAACGAGAGUCGACGAGAACACAAGCGUGCUGGCUGAGAUAAAGGACAAGGUCUAUGCAAUGAACAGCAGAAAGGCCGAUAUCGAUAUCGAUGUGAACGUACAUGGUUCUACGCUCAUCGGAGCUCAGCAAACACGAGCCAGCCCAGCAACAACUCGAGUCGAGUUGGAGGUGCGACUGGAGCCGGCCACGGCCAGGAACGAAUUACGGAGCGAACUGAUGCUACUGAUGACUGGCCAAGCCCCGUAUGCCAGCUCGGCCAAUACGCUUCUCCCUAUCUUGUCACGCCUUUCCCACGAAGAUAGAGCGCAAGUAGCUAGCAUGCUUGUGAUGAAUCAGCUUCAGCAUCCUAACGACCCGAGGAGAAACAGCAACUUUGCACCCGCCUCUGGGCCACCCAUCUGUGGCUGCAAUAUUAACACUUACAAGACCGGGAGGGCAUUCAGACGUGGUCCAUUUUCUUUUGGUUAUGGCUAUCAGAACCAGAAGCGACAUCACACCUCUUGCCCCUACAGUGGAGGACAGGCAGUGAAACAAACCUGGAAGUAUCAGCUAUGCAUGCAACUCCUCCCUCUGGUAAACAAAACAGUGCAGUUCGCUUUCUCUGCGACCAUCGGCGGGGGCGGUUUAGAGCUCCGGUUUCCGCUAAAAGUGUUUCCUACCGUGCAAAGGGCCAGUUCGGCGAUAUUCAUGCUCUUUGAUAACUUCGGCGAGCGGUGCGCAGAGCUCGAUUUCUUGUCCAUGUACUACGUUAAUCAACGAUUUUAUCCUCUCUUCCACCUCAACCGGUCUCAGCCCGAAAGCAACCGGCACAACAACAAUGGCGGGGUUGUGUGGGACAUUGAUCGUAUCCGUCAAGAGCUCCCAUACAUUCAUAGGGUGCUGUGUGAUGGUCCUUCAUGUAAGCUGCCUUUCUUCAACACACACUGCCAUUUUUUCCUACUUGUUCGGGCAUUUAUUACGGCAUUACCCUGUAUCCAUUGUGAUUCGAAUUUGAACAAAUAUACGUGUACUUACCUUGCCAUGUCCCAUCUCCACAGCUCCAUGCUUACGACGGCAGCAUCUCCACUAAAUAGCGCAAUAGACGCUGUUCGAUUGAGUUUGCCUCUAUUCGCACAAAUGCUCGAUUCAAAAGAGCAGCCAUAUCUCCUUGUCAAUUCCCUGCUUACCAUUAUGUCCUUGGAUUUCGACCGCAGCAUGGUAGGAGGACUUCCUACCAAUGUGAGGUUCUAUGACAUGGAAAAAGAUUCCGCGGGCUUUGAUUGGAACGGACGGCGGGGCGAGGUAGAGAUGUAUGCCUCCGCUGAUGCAAUGGACUGGGCCCAAACCGUUGUCAAGUCGCAUGUUCGCAAACGCACAGAGCUUGCCACCCUUGGUCGUCAACACUUAUCGCUCUUCGACCAAAAGAGACUGGGACUUUCCAGUACCGAAGUCACACCGUUGGAUGCUCAUGCGCGAGAAGUAUACGAUCUUUUGAGGAAGAAAGAGAUUCAAGUCCCCCUAGCCUUGCAUCCUGGAUGGGAUGGGUCGAUCUAUUGCGUCUUGGGCACCCUUUCCAAGGAACAACAUGGAAUACCUCACUACUGGAAGUUCGGGAACAAUAUUCCAGUUCCUACUUGUGCCAUGGUCUAUGACAGCUUCCUUCUUGUUGCAGUGGCACAGCAACUGUUCGACAACGGAUUUACCGUUGUUGACCUGCCCGAAUCAUCGAACAUCCGAGAGCAACUGAAGGGUGCCAGUCCCAACUUCCCGCUUGCGAUCUAUGACAACGAACAAGACUUCCCCGGAUUUCACAUCCGGAGCAGCCGCAGUCUGUUGGAGCGGCUCGCAACAGGAUGCGGUACUCAGCCCUACUCACACUGGUCUUUGAUGCGUCUGUUAGUCCAGUACGUUUCCGGUCUGUGUCCUCCCAUGUCCACAGACAGCUGUGUCUGCUAUUGUCUUGCCUCGGACGGAUGUUCACCACAACACCUCCACGUAUCCUGUGAUGCCUACUCCCAAAAGUGCAACCGGCAUGAGCACAACGGUAAUGCGUUAGUUUCCUGGCUCGAGUCGUGUUUUCUUACCCGUGACGAAAAGCUGCUGUGCUUCGAACAAGCAGUGCGGCUGGAGCUGUUUGACAGGCUUGGCCUCGUUCACACAUGCUGUCAAACGCUGCAUAAUGGAGACGGCCCUCCGGAACCAGAGGACAUCGAAGAAAUCAGAGAGGAUGACGAGGAGCUAGCUUCACAGUUAGACCUGUUGAUGCUCGCGUAUCGCGGGUCCCUUCUCAUGUUUCUCAAACAGCAACAUGAAGAUGAGGAAUACUCGACGGAGUUCGAUUGUGGCUGCUAUGAAUAUGAAGGUCUUGGAAAAAGGCCGCCUUCAUGGGGUAGUCACAAUCUGGAUGCCCAUACGACUCGUUUGCUGGCUCAUUGGCGCCACUGGUGGAGUCUCACAGAUCCUAUACUGACCGAUAUCUACGGCAUUACUAAAGAGGAUGUCGACAAGGCUUACGAUGAAGGUGCCUUUGACAUUGAUCGGUAUAGUGACUGGAAUGAGGAGCGUCGUGUGAUAGCUGAUAUGAGGUCUCGUCUGAAGUUGGAAACAAUGGGAUUCGGAGACCUCGAUUACAAGGAAGUGAUCGAGCAACAUUUCAGCAAGAAACUAACAUACGCGAGGGAGAACAUUAAUCUUGUACCUGGCGAGGAUGGGAACUAUUGGGAGAAGAAAUUUGAUGAGGCGGCCUUUGUACCAGUCUAUAGGACAGAACUUCUGGACGAGUUGAUGGAAAAGCUAAGGCGAGCCGUAUCAGGACAAGAUGAGAUGUGGACAAGGGAAACCGAGAUAUGGUGCAAGUAUCACUACCUCUAG